UAGUGACUUCCGCCCCUGCUCGACGCGCGCGUCCUCCCCAAGCGCGCGCGCGUCCGCCGGCGAACUAGCGGCGAUGGCAUGCGGUUCCCCAUGCCGCACCGGACCUCUCGAAGCGGAGCAAAUCGGAAGCGGUUGGGAGGAAGCAGCCAUGUGGUUCCUUAGGAACCGGAGGAGGAAGUCCUUUUUUUCUUUGUUUAUUUUUUUGUAAACAGGCAGCUUUGUGGUGAAGAGGAGGCGGAUCUGUACCUACGUGUUUAUACUCGACUGUACGUGGAAGUAGGACACUACUUGGCAACAACUCGCGGAGCCUGGCGUGAGGAUUUUACAAUCGAUUCACUGACGUAUCGGACGUUUUUUGGAGGGGCCCGGUUUGAACGUUUGGGAUUUCUGCACAUAAGCCGCCCCCCCCCCUCCCCUGCCGUGCACGAUCAGAUGCGUGAUUUAGUUGACAGCUGAUAUCAUGGGGGAGCCCGCAGCGCGCAGCUCCUCGCAAAGUACCUGUGGAGGCUGGUAGUGUCGCGCGUGGGACGUUUCCGAAUCUCAAUGAGCGCCCCAGAACUGCCACUUGCGUGUGAACAUCUUCCAAGAGACCGAUUUGGCUCAUGAUCCCAACGCCUUAGCCCACUGCCGGAUCUUCUCCCACCCACACGUCCACGAUGUGCACCAUCCCCGCGGUGCUGAUCGUCUUGCUGCGUGGACUCGUCAUCUCUGCGGUACUGGGAUCCAAGUCGUCGGACACUGGAGAUGGAGCCACUCCAGAAGACCCCUGCCUCAUGGUCAUCCCCCCGUGCGUGAGCGAUGCGGACCGCUUCAGCCUGGUGGCCUUACGCCACAUCCAUAAAGAGCUGGACGACGACAACGAUGGCGGCAUUGAAGUGAACGAGAGCGUGGAGUUUAUCAUAGAAGACAUGAAGCAGCAGCAGACCAACAAGCACAGCAACCUGCACCGCGAGGACCAGCACAUCACCGUGGAGGAGCUUUGGAAGGGCUGGAAGACCUCUGAAGUCCACAACUGGACGGUGGAAGACACGGUACAGUGGUUGAAGGAGUCGGUGGAGCUGCCCCAGUACGAAAAGAACUUCCGGGACUUCCGCGUGACGGGCAACACUUUGCCACGAAUCGCCGCAAAUGAGCCGUCCUUCUUGUCAAUGCAGCUUAAAGUGUCAGACCAGCGACACAAACAGAAACUCAAUCUCAAGGCGCUGGACGCAGUCCUUUUCGGGCCCCCGCUGCGUCCGCACCACAACUGGAUGAAGGACUUUGUCCUCACGAUCUCCAUCGUCAUUGGCGUGGGCGGCUGCUGGUUUGCCUACGUGCAGAACAAGUCCAGCAAGGUGCACAUGUCCCAGAUGAUGAGGGAUCUGGAGAGCCUGCAAAACGCCGAGCAAAGCCUCCUCGACCUGCAGAGUCGCUUGGAAAAGGCUCAGGAAGAAAACCGCACCGUCAUCGUGGAGAAGCAGAAUCUCGAGCAGAAGAUGAGGGACGAGAUCACCGGCGCCAAGAAGGAGGCCCACAGACUGAGGGACCUGCGGGAAGGCGCUGAAUGCGAGCUCAGCCGGCUCAAAUACGCCGAAGAGGAGCUCGUACAGGUCCGAAAGGCGCUCAAGCGAGCCGAGAAGGAGAUGCAGUCGGAGCGGUCGCUGCCGGAAGCUCUGCAGAAGUGGCUGCAGCUCACGCACGAGGUGGAGGUCCAGUACUACAACAUCAAGAAACAGAGCGCCGAGCUCCAACUUUGCGUCGCCAAGGACGAGGCGGAGAAAAUAAAAAAAAAGAGAAGUUCUGUGUUUGGAACGCUUCACGUCGCACACAGUUCGUCACUGGAUGAGGUGGACCACAAGAUACUUGAGGCCAAAAAGUCCUUGUCCGAGGUAACGGCGUGCCUGAGGGAACGUCUGCACCGCUGGCAGCAGAUCGAGAGGCUCUGCGGGUUCCCGGUGGUGAUGCCGCGCGUCUCCGUCCCGCCGUACCCCAUAGCCGGCGGCGUGGACGACCUGGACGAGGACACGCCUCCCAUCGUUCCACAAUUCACGGCCACGUUGAUGCGGCCCCCGCUGACGCGCAACAGCAGCGCGUGCCGUUCCCGCCGCAGCCUGAUGAGCUCGUCGCCGUCCUCCGUGAUGUCCCCGGAUCCUGACCUGCUGUCCAUGGCCAGCUCGUCCCUCUCCUAUCCCCUCGAGGCGGACGACGAAUAUGUCAUGUUCAGCUCGGAUAGGAGGGGGUACGUAGCGGCGGCCAGAAUCCCGAGGAAUGGUUUGAAAGUGUGGACUCUCAGUGACCAGGAGGUCAGCCCCGACACGGACGCUCCAAACUCCUCGAUGGGCCGCAAGCCGCCGCACUCGUACCGCAAGAUUUCCCGCGAGGAAAUGCUGCUGUUCAACCAGAGCCCCGAGUUCCCCACGCCCACCAGCAACAGCGGGGACUCCACCCCGCCGCCUCCUUUGCCCCCGACGCCCGCCGCCUCCCCCUCGGGGCCGCCGUCCACCUCGCCGUCGCCGGACCUCACUCGCGUGGCGCCGGACCUCCGGGCCGUGACCCCCCCGUCGGGGAAGGCGGCGUACAACGGCGUCCUGGAGAAGUCGCACAGCUUCGGCGUGCUGCCCGCCGUGGGCCGCUACCCGUCGCUCACCUCCCUGGACUCGGAGGGCCGCAGCGUGGGGCGGGAGCACAAGCUCCUGAGCACCUCCUCCCAGGACUCCAGUGACAACGGAGAGAAAAUCAAGCGCUCCUCAUCCAAAAUCAAAAGCUUAUUCAAGAAGAAAAAGUAAGUCGCGUGCGCCGGACAAAACAAGGACGUCGACUGCGAGCUCCGACAGCUCCUCCACCGCGGUACGUAGCUCAGUCGCCAGCGGUUCGGCAAGGCCCAAGGUCACGCCACAACCAAAGCCAGUCCUUUAUUUCCAAGCACACCGCGACUUUGCUGACCACGGCAAUCUCCAUGCCAAAAAAAAAAAAAAAAAAAAAUUUGGUCCCUCAGUCACACAAUUUCUGGAUCGAGGUGGUCCUCCUCAAUUGAUUUCUUGUUACCUGGUGGCAGGUAGUGGUGGGGGCAGGGGGGGGCAAAAAGCUUGAUUGCACUACUUCCUGUUUUUGGGGGGAAUACAGCUGACAUUUAUGACAAAAGAAAAGGUCACAUGAUGCCACUUGAAUGUUGAUGCUCAUUUUAAUGUUGUUUGCUCAUGUUUGAGAUUUCAAUUUCGGGAGAGGGGAGGAGAGGGGCUUCCUGAAGUUGUUGAUCUGUUGUUCCCGGUUGACCUUGCACUACUCCAUUGCCUUCCCUGCGUGCCGACGCCUGGUUUCUUCCAGAAAGAACAUCAAGGCAACUUCUUGAUUUGGAGGACACACGAGCGUGUCCGUGCCGUGAUGCUGGUGCGUCUGUAUCAGACACAGGAAUUUUUGCUCACCCCAGCCUAGGCCUCCUGGAAAAAAAAAAAAAGGGCCUCGGGGUGGGCCGGGGGGAGGGGGGAGCGACCAGGACACAAUACGGAUGUCCUGUCGUGAUGAUGUCAAAAAGCCACACCGUGGUUUCAAUGAAGCUUCUCACCACUGAUGGUGGCCGGGAGGUUGACGCUGUUUACGAGGUGUGCGCGACAGGAUGAUCAAUCAAUGCAAUUAUUAUUCUUGUUGUUAUUAUUGUCGUUACGGGCUAAACAGCACACACUGAAGGAAUAAAGAGUCAGAACUGCACGGUGGGGAGAAAUG